CAGUUUGAAAUCUUGGUGGUAUAAAGAUGGCGUCGAACGCUUCGAAGAAAAAAUCCUCUGGUAUGCGCAUAUUGUGGAUACCAGGCAGAAAAUCUCACCAUCCCAAGGGCCGCCUAAGCACCACCAGUAAGAACGUCUCGUAUUCGGGUCCGCAAAAGAAAAGCGAGGUGUGGUCCUUGGGAGGCAGCAAGGCACAGACCGAGCUGAUUGACUUCCCAAUGUCCGAGGGUCUCCCCACAACACCAUCAUCGUCGCUGAGCAUUGUGGCCACUUGCUCACUCGUUCAAAGCGUGAAACACGAUCAGCACACUUCCAUUGAUGAUUUAGUUGGACUUUCGGAGACUGCGACAUUGCCAGCUUCGCCAGGAGCUGCAGAUACACCGCCGCACAGUCCACUCUCUGAGACACCAUCGACACCGUCCACAAAAGCCAUGACCUCGCCCAAUGUUAUAACCACAGCUGAAGUGCAGAAUUUGCACAACUUUGUGAGUCCCGAAGAUCUGCCCAAGGUGCCAGGGCAUCAUUCGGCCACAGCCGAGGCAGAAUUGGCACUUAACAGCUCGGCAGGAACGACAGCUUCGAUAGCAACGACAUCCUCGCCACAGGAAAACCGCAAGGCGGAACCACAGCAAAUGCCAGCCACAUCGCACUCGCAGCAAACCUCACCCCAAAAAACCAAAUACAAGAAUCACAAUAACAAUCAGGAGGAUAUCAAUUCAAUUGAGAGCAUCUCCAGUUUUCCCCGCUUUCAGGGGAAUACCACUGAUUUCGAUUGGAUCGAUGAGAUGGUGCAGCAGCGCAACUGCAAUGAACUGAUGCACAAGAAUAAGCGCAAAAAGGCCUCGAAGAAGGCCACUGAGAGUCUUGAAAAGGAUCAGUUGGAUGGCAAGACGUACGAUUAUAAAACCAAGGCCAAUAUUGAUAAUAAUGAUGGUGAUGAAAAGAUGGUCACAUGCCUAUACUAUUCGCUCAUGUGCUGCGACUGUACUAUAUCAUAGAUCUAAUGAGCGUUCAUAUACAUAUUAUCCAUGUAAAAUACCUCUCCAAUACCUACCUAUGUAUAAAUUAUGUACGUUUUUGAUACGAUACCUUUUAGUAGUAUGUAUAAUAAUUCCUCGAAAACAAAAACAAAAAACCACAAAGGAAGAGACACGACAGACAUUUAGCAUAGAAACAAAAAACAAAAAAACAUUGAACAGCGACAUACAGAAGAAUAACUGAAGUAUUACGAAUUUAUAAUAAACAAAAACAACAUUCAAAUUUAAUACCCGUACUCAAUAAAUAUGAAUACGAUUGGGUAUAUCGAAAGAAA